AUGAGUUUCGAAUCAUUACCCCAUUCCCCGUCCAAUCCCAGUGCUCCUGGUAUGGUCUCUUGCUGGGACUCUAAAAAUUUGUUCAAGAUCAUGCCCUACAUGUUUCCAUCUACCAAGGAGUUAACGUUUCCUUAUAAACUUUUCAGGAUAGUAUGUCAUUGCAAGAGCAAAGCCAUAGCUUGGAAUGGAGAUGGUAAAAGUGUACUUAUAAACAUAAACGAUUUUCAAACCGAGUAUCUCAACAAGGGUAUCUUUCAAACCAAAAGAUUGGCCAGUUUCGUGCGUCAACUCAACUUAUACGGUUUUAAGAAAGUUAAAGAUCAACGGUUCCUGAAGGAGCGAGACGUCAAUAGUUAUGUUUGGCAAUAUGAACAUAAGUAUUUUGUGAAGGAUAACCCCAACCUCUUAGUUUAUGUUAAUCGAACCCAUACUCUAAGAACCAGACCUAAAAAACAGUCUAAUCAACAUCAAUCGAAUCUUACUUUUCCACCACCUAACGGUAUGCAAUAUGGCAGUUUUGACCCAUACAACACUUUACCCUUUGACUCCGUAUACGGUGGAAACAAUUGUUUUAUACCUUUAGAUGGCUCAACAACCUUUACAAACCAAAUAUCUUCGAGAAUAAGUGCCAACGAAUAUAACUACUAUAAUCAAUUAGGACUUCCAUGCUCUUCUACCUCAUUUCCGUAUCCCGAAGAUAUGGGAAUUAGUUUUUCUGAUCCCGAUUUUAAUCUACGAGACGGCUAUAUGACUGAACAAACUUUCUAUCUGCCUAAUUUAAAGAAAUUAGCCAUGAAUAAUGAAAAGAAUAUUCAAGCAACCAUUAUAGACAAAGCUGAGUUAUCGGAUAAAGCAAUAGGAGAUAAGUUACCUGAGGGAAAUAUCGACAAAUCAGAUUCCAUAGAUGAUAUCAAUGAUUCGAAGGAUAAAUACAUAAAAUCAAUCGUGAUAAAAAAUUUGGAAAAUAAUUUAAAAACCGAAGCGAUCGUUCUGUGUGAUACUAAAGUUGAAAAUGAUAACUUCAAUCCAGAAUUUAGGCCACGGGUAUUAAUAUAA